GUAAACACUAACAAAAUUAUAGUUCCUGCUUUAUUAUUUCUCACUUUCUUUUUCUUUUGUAUUUUUACUUUUUAUUUUUAUUUUUACAUGUUUAUACUUUGCUCCUUUAGCCUUGAUCAUCAACAUGAAGAGCUUCAUGAUCAACUAGAGUUAUCACAUCCUCAAGCGAUAUAUUCCUACUCAAACAACGUCAUAGUUUUCUCAGGAACAAAAGAUGCAAAUGUUCAGUCUAUUAAAGCUGACAUUUAUAGAUUUCAGCCCACUGAAGUAUAUGUAUCCAUCAACUCUUUAUACCCAGGAUUGGCUUAUAAAAACAUUGCUCGACAAAAACUACAUGAUCAGCUUGUAAAAAUAGCCAUUGACCAUCAGAUUCAUAUUACUGUUGAUUAUAACCAAUUGACGAUCAAAUAUGUUGGACCUAUCGACAAAGUUGAAAAAGCGCGCAUAGAUACAUUAAUCUUUGUCGAUAUACUAACCGGAUUAUGUUUAGAAAGCAUAGAAAUACCCUUUUAUAUGAUAAAUAUUGUAGGAAGCAAAAGAUAUAGUCAAUAUACAUCAAUUAUGGAAGAGACUGGAUGUAGUAUUUAUUUACCGUCUAUUUGGAAUCAUAACAAUAUAACCCAACAAAGUGCUGUUUACAUCACUGGCAGCACAAGUGACACUGUGAAUAGAACAAUAGGAUUAAUACAAAAGCUAGUCUCUCAAAAGAUCAAAACAACGUGUAACUCAAAAUCAACAUUAAAUCCACAAAAGAGGGAUUAUAUUUUGCUUUAUAAAAAGCAAGAGUUAACCAAAAUAAUGAAGGAGAAUGGCUCGUUCAUAUCCUUUUCUACUUUUGGCUCUGACCAAAACAAUGUUCAAGUCUAUGCUGAGAAUUAUAUCAAUGUAGAACGUACACUCCGAUCCUUAAACUACCUUGCAAGUCAUGUAUUCCAAGUCAGUAUACAAUUUUCAGUCCCACAAUCAAAGGACGCAAUAGGUCAUCUAUUAAAGGAUUUAACCUCUCAUACCAUCUACCACAAUAACCGUCUAAUAAUGACUGGCUCAAAAGAGCAAAUUCAAUCUUGUAUUCAGUAUAUAUCCAAGUUAUCCUUCUUACAAGAACAUCAUGAGUCCACGACGUUUUCUAUCGAAUUGGCUGUCGAUCAACGCGAAUUUAUCAGUGGAAAGAAGAAUGGCAAGAUCAACAAGAUCAUGAAGACUUGUGAUACUCAAAUCGAUUUUGACUCAUUUAAUCAGUUCAACUUUUUGAUAACUAUAACCAGUAAUGUUUUCUCAAAGGCUCAAAACGGAUUCGAUUCCCUCCAAGAAGAAUUACCAGCAGAGAUAUCAUUCUAUGUUCCUGAAAGCUGUCAUCGCCGAAUUAUUGGCGUAGCGGGAAAGAACAUUCAAAGGGUCAUGAAGCAGUAUGGCGUAUACGUCAAGUUCUCGAGUCACGAGGAACUUGCUACUUUUGGUGGUUAUUUUGAAAAUGAACACAAUGUGAUUGCAAGAACCCCUCAAAAAAACAAGGAUAGUCUUCAACUCUUGAAAUCAGCCAUCAUGAACUUUAUCACGCUUCAAAAGGACAGGGAUCAUACAGCCGAGACAGAGUUUGUUCCUUAUUAUGCUCAAAGAUAUUUACUGCAUUUUAGUGGGAAAUAUCUACGCGAAAAGGGGAGAUUGUAUAACAUCAAGAUUGUUUGGCCUGAACGAAACGGAACAGAUCAUGUGCUGAUUGUUGGACCAAAGGCUCACAUUAAUGACAUGCGACUGAGAAUACAGAGUCUUUUGCCGCAGCAGAUUCAAAUUCGUGUGCCUGCCUCGGUCGCAUUAGAGCGUAUAUUAGAGUCGGAGGAGAUUGAAGAAUUAGACAGCAAGAUUUUCAAAAAGACAGGAAUUUACUUGAUAUUACCAGAGCAUAUCGUGCCUCUAAAAGAGACCACUUCAUCUUUCUUGAUCAUUGAAGGAGGUCAAGGACAGCUAUCAGCACUAGAUAGCAGAGUGCUUACCUUCAAAUUCUGCUUUGAUUAUAACACAAAGCAUCAAUUACAGCAAGCCAGGACUAUGUUUGAUGCAUUCAUGGGAAGUCGGUUCGUUCCUUUGGAUGAUACUUUGCACAACGUCCUAAACGGCUCACCCGAUCCAGAAGAUAUGCGACACAUUAGUCCUUCUGUAAUGCACCUUAUAGAUCACCCUGAAUCAUAUGAACACACUAGAAGAAAAAUUGUAAAUGAUAAUCAUAAGCUCUUUCAACCUUGGGGAAAUGCUCAAAAAUCAAACAAUGGCUUUCAUAUGAACGGUCUCUAUGAUCCAUACAUGAUUGACUCUGAUUACCCAAGUAGCAGUUGUAGUAGCAAUAGUAAUAGUAGCAAAAACCAUUUUCAAUUCAUUCCAGAUUAUACGCCUUUUACCAUGAAUCACUAUUCUAGACAAAGAAGCACUUCACUCUUGCCUACAAGCAGCAGCAAUGGUAAUAAAUACUACCCAUCUGGAGAUUACUAUGUGCCUUUACUAGGAAAGAUACCUUCAAGCUCUCUAAGUACUCCUAUUCCACAUCAUCAUCAUAACAAUCAAGCCAAUCCAUUAUUGCUUAAUAUGCAUCAGCAGCAACAGCAAGGGCGAUUCAACCCGUAGCUAUUUAUACCCCCCUUCCUUACCCCCACAUAUAAAUAUACAUACCUAUUAUAUAAAUAUAUAUACACAGAAAUAGAUGACGUUGCUAUUUGCAAUAUUCUCAAACAUCCUUUGAAAAUGUUGUUAAU